AUGGAAGUGCUUAAUCAAUCAUUUGGCGGUUAUUCUAACAAGGAUUAUGAAUCUGAUGAUGAUAAUCAGCUUGAAAAAACAUUUGUUACCAUCCACGUUGACUCAUUUAAUGAAAAAGAUUUUACAAAUUUCCUCAAUUGUCUCGAUACAAUCAACGAGUCCAAUAAAAAGCGAAAGAAUCGAGAGAAAGUGAUCAAAAAUUAUUGUAUUCAAGUGCCAUACAUAGACAAUUCAAUAAGAAUUAAUGAUGAUGAUAAUGAUGAUAAUGAUUAUGAGGAAUUAGAUGAGAAGUGUAAUGAGAUGAAAAAUAACAUUAGCCAAAUGUUCUCGUAUUUUGAGGAAGAUGUGCAAUUUAAUUUCGAUGAUAUUGAUCAUUUACCAUCUGAUGAUGCAUCUAGUAAAUUAAAUAAGGAUGAUGCUCAAUCAAAAAUAAGAAAGAGAAGUUUUAAGAAAUUAUUUGAUGCUGAAAAUAAAGACUCAAAGCCUGUUAUUCGUGGUGUUGUAAAGAAACCUAAUGCACCAUGUUCGAGUCCAGCUGUCCUACAUAAAAAUCAAGUCGAUAAGAUUAUGAAUGAAUUUAAUCGAGUUAAAAUCAAUUAUUACAGCAAGGAUAAUUGUGUAGAGUUUACAGAUAUUGACUAUUUUUACUGUGACAGUGAUUUGGAGUCGACAAGAAGUUUUGAUAAAGUUGGCAGGCUAAAUAGACGCAUUCUAUCGAAAUUCGAACGAGAGAAAUUGGAACAAGCUUGUAAGAAUGACGAGAAUGAGAAGCGGAAAUUGAUGAAAGCAACGGAAAUUGUGCCGAAAAAUUCUGUUAAGGAAAAAAUCACAAUGUUUAGUAAAUUGGACAUACCACAUGCCGGCGGAUUUUUGACAAAAUCCUUCUCAGCACCAACUGGCAUAUCAAAAAUAAUGGACAAGUCUUCAAUUGAUAUGGAAAGAAAUCAGGUCAAUUGUCGUCGAAUGCAUGGACUAAUCAAAAACACAUCAAGUGCCAAUAAAAAUCAAAACAAGUGCUUCAUCAAGGACAUAAAUAAUUCAAUUAAUGAAAAGAAUGUGCAUAGCGAUAAGCAGCAAGAAUGUAUGCUGAACAAAAUCGUAAAGGAAGGAAAAUUGAAGGACUCAAUUAUACUAAUGCAACUCGAAAGAAUUGUUAAUCAAUUCGGAAUGAGCUUGCUGUUUACAAUCAACGGUCUAAUGAGCGAUAAUGCAUUCACACUUGGUGGCCGUAAAAUGAACCACCUAAAGCUCAAUACGGUGCCGUCUCUAGUUGUGUUCAACAAGACUUUCGACUCUAAAAAAAUCAAUAAUUGCACUACUGAGAAUGUAGAGUUGUCUGUCGUUCAGUCCAAUCAGAUUCAAUUGCAAAUGCAUGUCAAAUUUGUCGAUAAGACGACGGGAGUGACAAAGUCGAUGAGAAUUAAUGUAAUUUUUAUGGCUAAAUAUGAGACGGAUUGUGAUUUGUCGACGCCAAUUGACGAGACAGCUUCAAACUCUUUCAACAUCUACUUUACGAGUUUCUUUGAGCCACCUGAAAAUGAGCUCCAAAAAGCGAGAGAAUCGAAUGUUACGUUAAGUGAGCAUCAAUUGCGUGUACAGGCAUCAUUACAGAAGCUCAAUAUUCCCGAUUGGUAUAAGCAAUAUAGUGCAACAGGUCACAAUACAUCAGCUAAUACAUCAUACUAUAAAAAUGCUGAUGUGUCGGGUAUGCUUAAGAAAAGAAACUCAGAUAUUGGACGAUGGCAAGGACUCAAUUCAAAGACGACGUCAUUAAGCUCAUUAGGGUCGAAUAGAUCAGAUAGAAGUCCGGUUAUGUUGAGUCCGUCGGCACAUAGUCAUCAUGGGGGACAAACUGGAUUUUCAAGAUGGUCUACCUCACAUCUUAAUUCAAGUCAAACAUCGCCAAGUGUAUCAGCGCGUAGCUCAUUUGUUCGUAAUGCAGCCUACGCUAGUACAACGUCAGGCCAAUCAGUAGUGUCAUCAACAUCGCAAGCAAGUGAAAUUAGAAAUUCGUUCCGUAAACCAUAUCUGGGAUGGAGGAGUCAAGAGAAACUCAAUCAACCAAGAACUGCACAUGAGAGGUUGGCAUCAUCAUUAAUGUCACAGAAACAGGCAGAGCAACCAGUAGCGACGCCAGAGAUUCAAUCAUCAAUAAAAGAAGUUACUUCAGCUAUUGUGCAUUAUGUAAAUGAUCAAACAAAUAGAGGAUCAAGAAGCCGCUCUGUUAGCCCAAGUACAAGGUGUUGGCUAGAAAGCUCAUUUGUAGGUACAAAACCACUCGAGUCACCACAAACGCCGGGACUAGAGAAUCAAUUUGCGUCAACGCAUAAAGCGGUUAACAUAGGACCAAUGUCAGUUACAGCAACAAAUUACGACUCGAUUCGACUAAAUGGCAUCGGCGGUGGUGAGUCGACAGUCAUUUAAGUCCUCACAUUACAUAUAUACAUAAUUACACAUGAAAAAAAAAUUACAUAUAUAAAUGCUGAAUAUAUACGGAUAUACAGAUAUUUAAUCAUCAUUAAAUUUCAAUUUUUAUUGGUUGCUUCUUGAGUUUAGCCUGUAGCUGGAUAUGAAAAAAAAAUAAUAGGCACUCCAUCCUCCUUGAACAAUUUUUCUCUCAACCUUUUUUAUUGUUUACUUUAUUUUCCAUAACACAGCCACAAUAUAUGCACAGAUUUUCAUAUUUUUUUUUGUAUUAUAAAUUUAAUUUUGAUGCUUCUAAAAAUCACGUGAAUUGAAUUUCCUUAUAUUGAACUUUUUUUAUGAUUAUUUAAUCGACUUUUUCCCCUUUCUCAAAAUUUUUUCAUUUAAUUUAUUACGGAGGAAUUUAUGUAUGGAAAAAAAUAAAGCUAUGAUUAUUGAAGAAUUUUUUUUAUCUUAUUUUUUAUUAUUUUUAAGUCUAUAAUUUCCUUUAGUUUUUAAGAUUCCUUUUUUGUUUUGUUCAAUCUUAAGUUUAAAGAAAACUUUUGUCAUUGUUUAUUGAGAAAGUUUCUGAAACGAAAUUAACGAAUCAAAUUUUAUGCUUAAUAAAAUGUUAUACAUAACAUUCAUUAUUGAUAUUGAUAAGAGAAUUGGAGGUUUUUGGGGGCCUCAUUUAGCAAAAUUUUAAUGGUAGCUAAUAGCUAAUUAAAGGUGCUGUAAGUUCUUAGUUUGGUAAAGUUUCGUUUGGUUAAUUUAAUGAUGAAAAUAAAUGCAGCUAGAUACCCCAAACGAUUAGGGAUAAAGCCUCGUACUGGUUUACUUUUUUAAAUGAACUUGGUUGAAUGGAUGUCAAAUUUGACUGUUGAUCGAUUUGGAUCUAAAUUUGUUCAGUAGAAUCUUAACAUUUAUGAGCUAUAAAUGAUUAUAAAAUCACAAAUUAGGAUGUAGCUUCAAUCCAAGAAUACACGACAGCCAUAGUUCAUCGGUUAAAAAUCUAAACAAACCAGUAUUUUUGAGUUACAAGUCACGACAAUGUGAGCUUUUAUUGAUCUUUGCGAUUAUUUUGAGGAUAUUCUCUCACAAUAUUCUUCCUUGAACAAGAAAAGACCUCCCAAUUGUGUGGCAUGUCACUCAAAAAAUUAUAAUUUUAAAUAAUAAUUAACAAGACUAAAUGAAUGCCCCCCAAAACCCUCCCAUUACUCGGUAAUAAUAUCGAUGAGCUAUUUAGUCUAUGGUGCAAUUUUUUAACAUUUUUUUUUCAAUUCUUCUCCUUCUCAUUUUCAUUAAUUGAAUUAUCAUAGAAAAUAAGAAUAGAAAGCAAAAAUGAACAAGAGAAGAAAAUGUAGGGCUUGAAAAUUAAAUUAAUGAAAGUGAUUCUUUCUGAUUAGUUGAAUUAGAAUUUUUUUUAUUAUUAUUAUUAUUUCAUUAUAUUGUGUAGAUAAAAAAAAUUAUUUUUAUGUAUGUUAAAUGCGAAAUAGAUGAAGUAGAAACGAAAGAAAAUUAUUACAAAAAAGAAGCUCUCAUAAUGAAAUUUUAAGAACAGAAUCGAAGGAAAAGGGAAAACAAAUUGAGUUAAGAAGAUGUUUAAAUUUUCUGAUGAAAAUGGAACAUUGAUGUACGGCUUACGUAUGAUUAUGGUAGAUUUUUGAGACUAAAAGUCGCUUAGAAUUUAAUCCACAGAAUUUUGGAUAUUUUUGAUAAACAAAUUAAUUCUGAAUUAAGAACUGAGACGUAUUUUAGAUACUUUAAUGUGUGUGUGUGUCUACUGAAUGAUGACCUGAGAAGCUUAAUUCUACAUUGCAAGGUUAAUCAGAAGCCUAUUAGCUAUUACAAGGCGGUGUAACUCAUUUUGUGUCCUUAAACUAGCAUAGAAGUCCGUAAAAAAGCUCAACAACAAAAGUCAAAAAUUUUCUGGCUAUGCCUCUGCUAUAGACCGAAACAUUCAUCAGAAAAAAAAUUCAAUACCCAAAAACUGCAGAAUUUCCAAUCAACUCCGCAACUCGACCAUGAAAAUUUCUAACGCUGCAAAAAAAAAUCUCAACAAAAGGAUUUUUUUACUCCCGAGUAAACCUUCAGAAUUUUUCUUUUCAUUCUUUAUCUUAAACAACCUCCGAAUUCUUCAUCAGCCCUCAACCUUUUAUAAAAACGUUUAAAAAAUAAAAAUAAUAAAAUCUCAUCAUUUUAAGGUGCUAUAUUUACAGAAAUAAUAUUUUUCAUCCCAACAAGUUUAUUUUCUUAAAAUUUUCAUAUCCAAAAUUUUAAAUAUGUUGUUUCAAACACGUCUGACAAAUUUCAUUUCAAAAUUAUGACUGCUAAAAAAUACUUCUUUUUUCUUGCAACCCUCGCAGUAUGGAAAAUAUGCAAAAGUCUUCAUAAAAAUAUUUAAAAAUGAGUUGUAAGAAGAUAUUUUUAAAGAAGAACGAAAAGUAAAUGGUCUGAUUAAAUUUAUGAAUUUAUGUGCUGAGUAAAGUGAGAGAAAGGUCAAAGGAAGUGAUUUGAGAAGAAAAAUAGAUUUUUGAGUUGAUUGUCUUAGAAAAAUAGAAGCAGAAGUUGAGCUUGUAGGUUUUUGGAUGACUACCUCUUAAUCUUUCAUUCAAAAUUCCUAUUCUCACCUCUCAUGUUAGGUUAAGAAUCCGCUUGAUUGGCACAUCCUUGAAUGAAUCUUAGAUCAUUGAGUAGUGCUGAUUUAUACCCUGAGGAUGCAGACGCAAAUUAACAACAAGCAGAUUAAAGUUAUUUUAAGUCGAUUUCCAAGCUCAUAAUAUUCAAAAAGCUCUAAGAAUCAGAUCAAUAUUCCUUAGAUUCUCAUCAUCCCCAAUUAAAAAUCACAAAAAAAAAUUUCCCAAAGCUCAAUAUCGACUCCCUCCUUAGUGCGUCACGAAUACACCUUCAAAAUUAUGUAACAAAAUGUAUCGUCUGUUUAAUUUAAACAUACAGAACCAUACCGGAAGAUAAGAAUCACCGCACUCGUUUCAGAAAAGAAAAAAAAAAAUGAGAAAAUUUCCUUUUUAUCGUCAUGUAUUUUCCACGUAUGAGGAAAAUUCCUUUUCUCGCAAACACAAGUGAAACGAGUGAUGGUUUUGAUUUAUAAAGGAAUCUUCCAUAUAUUCUUGAAUUUAGGAUAUAAAAAAAAAUUCGUGGUAUUUUACUUUAACAUGUCUCCUGCCGCAAUAAGGAAAUUAAAUUCAAUUAAAUACUUUUUUUUACAUCGGGUUUAUUUUCGGGAUUUGUAAUUUAAUUAUGACUUUUUUUUUCGUACAAAAAUGUUCUUUUUAAUUACAUUAAGUUCCUUUUUGCACUGUUUUUAGAUGGAAAAUUUGAGCGGUAAAAAUUUUAAUGAAAUCAACUUUGUUGCUAAUGUGAAAAUUUAGCUGCAAAUUUGACAAUUCUCUCAAUUUGAAUUUUUCCUUCAUCCAACCGAAACUCUUGUUCUUAAAAUUAAAUUAAUGAGAGUCAAAGCAAAGCCCUACUGUCAUCAUAAUUAUCAUUAUUGUAGUAGAUUUUAAGUUAGUCUUAUAAUUAACAAUUUUUAUGUCUAUAACAUUAUUUUUUUGAGUAAGAAACUUUUUUUUUGUGUAUUGUAUUAUGAUUAGAUAAAAAAAAACUUUUUUUACUACUACUCAUCAUUUCAUUGACGGAGAUAAUUGAAAGAGUUUAAUUAAUAACUUUUUUUUUUCUUGACGAAAUAAAAAUUUUAUUUCAUUAUGUG